AUGACUAUUAGUGCCGAUUCAGAGAACGACCACAGAUGGGAAGCAUGGAGCAGAGUGGAGUCUUUGAAACGAUUGGCCGUUGGUCUCAUCCGGCUUGACUCUUGGUUCUCAAGCUUCUAUACAAAGCCCAUGCUAGCUUUGACCUCCAUAAGGGUCGCUUUACCUUGCGAUGAUGUCGUUUUCAACGCGUUCUCUUCAUCCAGAUGGUCUCAAUUAAUCGACGGCGAGAUAAAGCAAGAACCUCGUUCUGUGGGCUUGGACGAUAUUGCUGAUCUCGAUCUACUCAAAACGCAUCAUGACUGCACUCGCAUGUUCGGGAUAAUGGCUAUUUGCCUGCUAGCAUUACACGGUGCUGCUGGGCGAUUCCCUGCGGCACACACAACGGAUACCUUACUUUACCACAUUGUCACAAAUGAAGAUUGCGGCGACAAAUAUUCCCGGAUAUUCACCAACCAUCUAAUGAGUUCCAGUGGAACCCCACAUCAGCAGGAUAAUGUCAACUGUACGAUGAUGAAACAUGGAAUUUGCAUGGCCCUAAUGGCAGAUAUUCAGCUAUUUGAAGUCGCCGCCGGCCGUUCUGGCCCAGGUCUAGCGAAAAGAGCAUUAGAAAGCAUCGCAGCUUGGUCACGGCUUCCAUCUGCGAGAAGAGCCUGUUUACACGCCGCACAGAUCUUCCAAUGCGCAUCUGAUAAAUGCUCAUCCGAACAACUUGGUUAUCAUUCUUUGGGCGCUUUGUUCAAAGCGGCACUCGUGCUUGGUCUUUAUAUUUUUAUGGCAUCAACUCCCGAAAUCGACUCCGAUACCGUGUCAAUCGAAAUACGCGAUAGUAUCGACUGGUCAAAAGUCGAUAGUGAAAACCCGGUCCCUUUGGAGAGCCUAGAAAAAUCAGAUUACCGAGAAUUAUCCGGCUGUGACCCCCUUGACUUCAUUCGAUAUGGUGGAAUUUUGUUUGUCAAUGGACAGAAACGAGAGCCAGGCUACGAAUCGUCGAGGCGUAUCUUGCUAGAGUUUGCUGCAUUGAUAGAAGCUGUGAGCCGACCAUGCCGGCAGAGAUUCUCGCACAUAUUGUAUAUCAUGACGGAUGUACUCCUGGAAUAA